AGCUGCGUUUUGCUGACUCGUCAGAUGAAAAGCAGUAAACGGGCAAUCAGUAGACUGACAAGUGACCGGGUUCCUGACGAACAGAAGUUUAAGAUCGUUGACUGAUCCUAUCCGAAACUGAUUUACUCGCCAAGUUAUCAUAUUUAUCAGACCAACAUUUUUUACCAACUUCUCGACUAUAUCGAAUAGUCAAUCCAGUCAAUUUUCCAAAUACUGCUUACGUGCCUCUGUUAUAGCUUCGGAGCUGAGCUCUGCCUCUAUCCAUAUCUAGUCGUCAUCCACAGAACUCAGCUGGUCGAAGAGUAGCAGUGAUAUUUGUUGUGAUGUCUUGCCUUUUGUGGACUGAGCGGUCGUAGAUCGACCCCAGAAUAGAAAGCGAUUAGAUAGGCCACGCCAGACCAUUUGACAAAACGGACCAGCUGAUUUUCUUAGAGAAGCUGACUUGUAUUUCAUGAAUUGAUACCUGUUGGAAAUUUUUGUGUUAACAAAUAACUUCACGUUCUAUUCACGUGAAGUGAUUCUGGACAAUGGUGAUCUUUUUUUUGACUAACGUUUCCUUGAGUGCAAAAUCUUCGAUUUCUGUGUACGCAACGUGUGACGAAAUAGCGCGCCUGCUUAUACGCUUAGAACUACGCGGGGUGCGUAUCUUGUGCCAUUAGCGGUAUCGAAUUGGCGUGUGGGCUGCGCAUAUGCACAUAUUUUUCAGAGGGUUCGGAUCUUGUUAUGCUUGUCAGAACAGCGUUGUCGCCCGAGUGUUCAGAAACGGCGCCUGCGACCGGUACAACGAAGUGACGUGCUUGUUUUAUGUGAAGUGACUUGAAUUCGUUUUGAGAGCUGAGAAAAUUGAAAAUAAAGCCCUCCGACAUGUUUUUGUCGGCAGAUCGCCAGAAACAGAAAGAGCUACAGGCAAAGAUCGUCGAGCAGGCAGAAAAGAUUCAACGUUAUGAAACUAAACUUAGCGAUCUAGUGAAGGCGUAUAAGCGUCUGCAAGCUGAGAGAAAUACAUUAGACGAAACAAUACGAGUGCUAGCGUCGGAUAGAGACGAUUAUAGCAGAGGCACCCGCCAGGAGUUAACAGCUUCGAGAACAACACAGGGAGGGUACCAGCUCUCGGCUGCAACCUUGGACCAGCAACACUCAGGAGAUGGACCAGGAAGUGGAUUGGCAUCCGAGGAAGGUUUCGACGACGCUUUUCAGGGGAAAAUAUCGGUUCUCACUAACGCCUUGGCCACUCUUCGAGUGGAGAAAACCCACUCCGAACAAGCGUACCAUGCUGACAAGAAAAAAUUGUUACAGGAGAAACUCGAGUUGACGAAAAUGGUUGAGACUCUAAAGAAAGACUUAGAUGAAAAGCAGCAAAUCUUGCAACAGACGCAGGCAAAAUUGUCGGAUGAGAAACAGUAUCGGGAAAAGGAAGCUGCGGACAAUUUAGCGAUGAUGAAAGAGCUUCAGAGUAAACUUACGGAUGAGCGGAAUGCCAGGGAGAUUGUUUACAAAGACACCGUAAAUAAGUGGGAGCAAAGAUGCCAUGCGCUCGAAGCUCAAAUCGAUCUUCUGAAAGACAUCGAAGAAGAACGCCGUGAGAGUGACGUCGAACGAGAUGUCGGACGAAAACGCGAUGCUCAAAGAGACGAUGAAGUGAUGCGCGAGUUAGAAGCUCGAGCGGCAAAAGACGCUGCUCGAGCGAAUCUGGCUGACGAAAAACUAAAUCACUUGCAGACUGUGACUGAAACGCGAAUUGCUCAACUUGAAGCCCAGGUAGAAGAACUUAGCAGCAGUGUGGCAUUGUACGACCGAACCCAGCAGCAGUCACAGAAUUUAAUUCAAAGUUUAAAAGAGGAACUUGCGCGAACGGUGGCACAGAGCAGAAUGGCCGCUAUAUAUUCUACCAUAGAUGAGGAAUCGAAUCACGAUAUUAGCUCGCUGUUGAGCAGCGUGGGCCGCUCAUUGGCGAUGCUUGCAAGCGCGAAUCAACGUUCCCAAGAGUCAGUGGCAGAUCUGGCGCUCGAAAUCAAUCGUAUCUUAAGCAAACACAACUUUGAUGUGCAUAAAAGGUGUGCACAAGAUGUGCUCGACAUCAAACAGGAAUUCGAAAGCUAUAAGGAGCUCCACGCAGCGUCUUAUUCGAAAUCGUCUCAUAGACUGUCUCGCACCGACUCGGAAGAAUCCGACAAGGUGACGCGGCUGACGGCGCAGCUUCUUGCGAAAAAGCAAGAGUACAACGGAAAUAUCGCCGCACUCAACCAGACGAUUCGUGAGCUGCAAAUGUCGAUCGCUGAUCUGAAAACGAAACACCGCCAGGAGUUGGCACAGGUCGAGUCCAGUUGGCGGUCCCGAUUAGCAGCAUCCGAAGAGAGUAUGGCCCGUCAACGCGAACGAAGUAUGCAACUGUUAUCAGAUCGAGAACGGGAACGCGAUGAUGAGUCAGACACCGCCGCUGGACUUCUACGCAGUACAAGCGGUAACGUUCAAGCUGGCCACGGACCACAUACUAAUUCGAUUGGCAGCGGUAAUCCACAGCAGGCUGCCCAGCUCCUAGCUACACUAUCGAAGCAGCAACGGCAGCACGAACUUCGGAGAGAAGGAUUUGUAUCAUCGAAGACGUCAGAUGAGGAUUCCAUGUUAGCCGAACUGUUCAGUCUGUCAAAGUCAACCGCUCUAGGCGCCGGCAGCGCCGGCAAAAUAGAGAUGCUCCAUUAUACGCACGAGAUUGCUCGAAAAACAGCGGAAAUUCAACAGCUGAUCAAGGAUAAGAAAGAGACAGAAAUGAAGUUGUAUCAACAGUCAACGUCUUUCGGUGAUCGGGAACGAAUCCUGCGCGCUGAGGUCGAAGCUCUUACCCGAACCAUAGAGCUACAGAAGAGCUGUUCUACUCUUAAAGAGCUCGAGAAGCCAUACUUGAAGAAUGUCAUCCUGCAGUAUAUGCUUUGCCCCAGCUCGGGACCCCGACUCCACAUGGUCAAGGCAAUUUCCACGGCAUUGGAUUUCACCAACGAGGAAGAAGAACAGGUGAAACAGGCCCUUCAGCGAAAAAGGAUACUUAGCGGAUGAAAGUAACUUGUAUACAAAUUCGUUUGAAAGCAGCUUACAUAGUUCUAACGCACGUUAGCAUCGAUCGUACCGAUAUCCCUACAGUUGCUUGUAACGAGACGCGUAGAACGUCUUAACGAGUACGGAGGGCCGCUUCUGCAACUGUUACAUUGUAUAGAUAGUAUGUUGAAAGUAGACGUGCCACAAAAAAGUUCAACGAUACCAAUUAACGCUGUAAGACCUAGGCAAGUCGAGGGUUGUCGUAACAUCAUCCUACAGAGGACUGCACACUUCUGGGUAAUACUAGAUGACUAUAAUAUCUACUAAUUAGCAAAAAAAAAAACUGGGAUCUUGAUUUUACAGCAUCGGUCAUCUCGAAUGCUAAUAAGAUCGUUUUAUGUGUCUUUUCUUUCUCUUAUUGUAAACAUCUAACCACGAAUUGCCACGAUGGUCUCGACUGUAGCUAAUGUAUUGUUUACUGGGGGGGUAUAGGAGAUAGAACAUGUUACCGUAGUAGUUAUCACAUAAGUGAUGACUGUAUCCUGUAACGCAGUUGAAAAUUUCUCGGCAAAAUCGUUUUUUAUAAUAUUGAUACGUCUGGUAAUUUAUACGAACUGUGCUUGAUAUCAUUCAGUAUGAUCACUCUAAUAAUUCCCCUUAGCGGAAGAUUUUGCAGUGGUUCAUUGCGAGCAUCCCCUCAUGUGUUCGGUGAGAAAUGUGACUAAAUUCGAUGCACAGCUCUUUUAAGAUGCGACAAGUAAAAAAUACUGAUCACGUCUUGGAAAGACGUCUCGUUUGAUUUGCCUAUCUGCAUUAUUUGCCUAUACUGCCUAUUUGCAUUGGUAUUUGCUGUACGUCUUCCUCAGGGCAAAAAUUUCCGAUAAUAAAGGCUUCGCUAUUGUCUAUCUAUCAUUUCGUUCCAACUAUUAGAAGAUGCGGAUUUACGAAAAGAGUCCAACGAUUAUCUCACAUCUUUGCCAUUUACCUAAUAACUAUGCACAGUUUAUAAUGUCACCAAUUUGUGAACUCGCAUGUAUAUGUCGCAUUACGGGUGCCUGUACAUGUGUAUUCUGUAAAUAUAUUUUUCUAAUACAAAUGUCAUUUCUAGAGCGGGCUGCAGUCCCUCAUGGAGCUCACUGAGAACUUCAUGGCAAACAAUUAUCGGCAUCGUAUUGAACGUUUUCGCACCAGUAAUCUGCCGGCCUAUCUCUAUGAGGUGCUAAUACGUGAAAAACAGAUCGUCGAACAGAGAACAUAUCCAAUAUACAAGCUUAUAUUAGACAAACAAUUUAUACAUUAAUGUGUCAGCGACUACGAAAUUUCAGCAGAUAUUUGCGGACUAAAUAAAA